UCUCCUCCGUGCUGAUUCUCAGGACGCAGUUCCACUGAGCUGCACAGGCAGGGCACAAGGCAUCUCUGCUCUCGUCCACCUGCAGCAGGAACCUGCAUCUUCCCUAGAACAUCUCCAGGACUGGGGGAGGAUGACUAUGGUGAGGAUGACCGAGCUAUGCACAUGGAUGGGCUAGGGAGAUAAGAGGCCUGUGAGGAGGCUCUGGGAGGAAGGACCAGCCCUGAGCACUGUCCCCUGGAGGAGACCAGCUUGGGAAGUCAUGACGUCUGUCUACUGCUGUGUCCUGGCCCUCAGUGAGAUGAAUAAAAUGAAGGAAGAUUCAAAAGGGAAGGAAAGCCCCACAUCAGACAUCUGCCUGACCCAGACACAGCCCUGCCUGACCCCAGACACAGCACACUGGCUGAUGGGGAGGGCAGUUCCCAUUAAUGUGGGGCAGCACUGUGACAACUCGUGAAGGGCAGAACCCAGUCCUGAAGUUCCCACGUGUGUCAGUGGGGUCUGCAGAGCUGCGCACUCACAUCUCUACAGAAUCUGAGAUCAGCGGCUGGAGAAGCCAUGAUGCCCACCCUGACAGCCCUGCUCUGCCUGGGUUUGAGUCUGGGGCCCAGGACCCGAGGGCAGGCAAGGAUCCUCCCCAAACCCAGGCUGUGGGCUCAGCCCGGCUCUGUGAUUCCACGGUGGGGAACUGUGGACCUCUGGUGUGCAUGGAGUCUGGGGGCCCAGAAGUGCCAUCUGCUUAAAGAGGGAAGCUCACCACCCUGGAAGACACAGAUGUUAGAAAUGCCCAUGAAUACUGCCAAGUUCUCCAUCAGAUCCAUGACAGCAUAUCAUGCAGGGAGAUAUCACUGUAAUUAUCAAAAUGCUGCUGGCUCAUCGGAGCCCAGUGAUGCCCUGGAGCUGGUGGUAACAGGAGUCUACAACAAACCCAGCCUGUCAGCUGAGCCCAGCCCUGUGGUCACCUCAGGAGGGAACGUCACCCUCCUGUGUGGGUCACAGAUGAGAUUUAACAGGUUCAUUCUGACUGAGGAAUGGGGAUCCAGGCUCUCCAGGACACAGGACUCACAGCCAGGCCCUGAGGAACAUGUCCAGGCCCUGUUCCAUGUGGGUCCUGUGACCUCCAGCCACAGGUGGACCUUCAGAUGCUAUGGAUAUUUCAGGAGACAACCCCAGGUGUGGUCAGAGCCCAGUGAUGCCCUGGAGCUCCUGGUCCCAGGGACUCUACCCAAGGCCUCCUUCUUUGCUGAACCGUCCAGUGUGAUCCCCCAGGGGAAGCCUGUGGCUCUCAGGUGUGAGGGAACCCUGGAGGCCCAGGAGUACUAUCUAGAUAAAGAAGGGUGGACAGUGAACUGGGACAGGCAGACCUCACCUGCAUCCAGGAACAAAGCCAAGUUCUCCAUCCCAUCUGUGACAAAGCAACAUGCAGGGCAAUAUCGCUGUUACUAUCACAGUCCUGCUGGCUGGUCACAGCCCAGUAAGCUCUUGGAGCUGGUGGUGACAGGAGUCUACAGCAAGCCCAGCCUCUCAGCCCUGCCCAGCCCUGUGGUCACUUCAGGAGGGAACAUCACCCUCCAGUGUGGGUCUCAGAGAGGAUUUGACAGGUUCAUUCUGACUAAGGAAGGAGGAAACAAACAGUCCUGGAUGCUGGACACACAGUACAACAGGGGGAAUUUCCAGGCUCUGUUCACUGUGGGUCCCCUCACUGCCACACCCUCUCUUUCGGUGCAUCCAAUACCACCAGUGUCCUCAGGAGAGAAUGUGACACUGCUCUGUCAGUCACAGAACCCAAUGGACACUUUCCUUCUGUCCAAGGAGGGGGCAGCUGAUCCCCCACUGCGUCUGAGAUCAGAAUCCCAAGCUCAGCAGUCACAAGCAGAAUUCUCCUUGGGAGCUGCAAGCUCAUCCUUCAGGGGCACCUACAGGUGCUAUGGCUCUCAGAACUCAACUCCUUAUCUGUUGUCACAGCCCAGUGAUGCUGUGGAGCUCGAGGUCUCAGAAUGCAGCCCCACAGCAGGAGCAUCCUGGGCUCGGUUUCAAAGUCCUGUGUCCAGGCUGCCUGGAGAUUCUCAGUCAAUCACAGUCCUGGUUCCAGUCUCAGCUCCCCUGGAUUCCAGGCACAGAGAAGGACUGGCAUGGCACCUGAAGGCUCUGAUCGGGGUCUUGGUGGCAUCAGUCCUGCUGCUUCUGCUCCUCGUUCUCUUCCUUGUCCUCCGACACCAGCGCCAGAGCAAAAGCAGGACAGCAGGUGAGUAGGGAGAGGGUGAGCAGGGCCUCAAGAGGUCUUGGGUCCCCCAUAGUCUAUGCCACACUGGGCCCAGGCAUUGGCCCAGGACAUGGUCUGAUGGAGCGCAGUGGGCUUAGCUUUGCCUCUUCACAAUGCACAGUUGGAGAAUCCAGCGCAGAACACAUGACCCAUCCUGAAGGUGUCUCCAGUGUGGUCUGAGCUUCUCCUCAGGCAGCAUCGGCUCCCCGGUCCGUGUGCUCUGAAGCUUCCUCCUGCCCUGUGUGGCCUGCAGCCCUGGGUGGUUCUGUCCUCCUGGCUGACUCUGUGAUUUCCUA